UGAAGCUCAAUCUUUUCUCCUACAACAAUGGCCGUUGAUUUUGUCGGCAUUCAAUCCGCCGAACACCUCAAUCGCAUAUUCCACCUGAACAAUCAUGAUUUCGCCCUGUCCUCUAAUUUCAAACAAGCUGUCUCCGCCUUGAACCGCACCGGCCACGCUCGUUUCCGCCGCGGACCUUCACCCUCACCGUCUUCCUCAGAUUCACACGCUCCUUCCACUUCUACGCAAUCGGCGCCGGUAUUUAUCGGUUCAACCGGAGCGUCGAAUGAGUGCUCUUUUAGUAAGUCGGUCACGGAUACGACGACGUCGUCCCGGUCAACGAACUCGUCUUCUUUGAUAUCUCCGUUGAUCGCAGGAGAAGAAGGCAGUGUUUCAAAUGGUAAACAAUUUCCUUGUUUAGGUAUAGUAGCUCCGGCGCCGGCGUUUUCAUCUCGGAAACCGCCGCUACCUUCGUCGCACAGGAAAAGGUGCCGCGCCGACCGGCCUUCUGUUUCCUUGCAAGGAUCUGGAUCAGAUAACCACUCCGUUUCUCGUAGCGGUUGUCACUGUUGCAAGAGAAGGAAAAUCGCAUCAAAACGUGAAAUAAGAAGAGUUCCGAUUACCGGAUCGAAAGUCGCAAGCAUACCGGCCGACGAUUUCUCGUGGAAGAAAUACGGAGAGAAGAAGAUCGACGGAUCACCUUAUCCUAGAGUCUAUUACAAGUGCAAUACCGGAAAAGGAUGUCCGGCGAGGAAGCGCGUGGAGUUAGCCAUAGACGAUCCAAAGAUGCUUCUCGUAACCUACGAUAGAGAACACAUUCACCAUCAGGCUCCGACGCCGAUACUGACAGGUUUGACCGGCUUAGUGGUACAGUCAAAGUGAGGAGGGGGACAAGUGUGGGUCCCACUCACUUGGUACAAUUUUCCAGAGUCAAUUGUAGUUGUAGCAGUAGUAACUAGUAAGUAGGCCAUGAACAACUUCUUUUAAUUUUUAUUUAUUUCACGGUGGGUAUGAUUUGUAAAUUAGCAAAAGUUGAAAAUGAGACCCCUCAAAUAUGAAUGCGAUGUUGUUGGCGUUACAAUUUUUA